CACCCUCUGUCUGGAUAGGAGCUUUCUACUGUCUCGUGCCUCGGGAGGUGCGGAGUGGAGGCGUCCUGUGUGGGUCUCUGUCCCUCGCCCCUGAGGAGUCGGGACUCGGGACGUGAAUGGAACGAGCGCGCGGUGAUUUUGUUGGGGGGGAGGGUUGUAAUAAGCCUUCAACGAGAUAAUGGAUCUUGAGAGGAUCUCAUUAUCAGAGACCAUUUGGAAAUUCCAUUCUCUUUUCAUGUUUUGGAGAGAUCUUGUUGGAGCUCUGUUUUAUAAUAUUUGCUUUUGUCAUAUUGGGUGACAAACUCUGCUGUUUUGAAUCGUCUGUAUAUGGAAAAUGAAGAAGAUGAUGAUGUUUCUUUUGCCAAAUGGAUGAGCAGCUUCUGGGGCCACAGCUGGAUUGAUGAAAAUGAGAGAGAAUUAAGAAACCAUAGGGAACGCCGAUCCCAGGAAAUCAGAAAUAGAAGAACCUCCCUGCCUUGUCCAACACAGUUUGCUGCCCUUUCCACAUCCAGCCUAUAUGGACCCUCCUCAGCUGUUCCGGUUUCUGACCCCCCCAGAAGGCAUUCUCAUGAGGACCACAGAUUCCAAGGCCAUCGGCACAUGAGGGCAGGCGAAAUGUGCUCCCAGAGCAGUUCAUUGCAGGGGCAAAUGAAACCCAAGGGCAGAUCACAUUCCAUCCAGGAAUUCUCAGAGCACUUUGAGCAGCAACUUUGCAUUAGAACCAAAAGAUCAGUCUCUUUGGAACCUGAGGACAGAAAGGAGAGAAAAGAUAGAGAAAGCCUGAGAAGCAGGACAAAAGCCCAUCAGGAAACAGGGGAAAGAAGGAGAUCAAAGGAGAAGGAACAGGAAGAAGCCAACAUGGCAGCUGUGACCAAAAAGAGCCAGGAGUAGCUCAUCAUUUUCACAUGACAACCAUAGGUAAAGUAGGCGAAGCUUGUUUGAUGAAUAUCUUGGAUGAGACUGGAGAGUAGUAUCUGUAAAAGAAAGUAAUUAGAAGACAUUCUGAGUUGGAGCUUGGCAUAAAAGCAAAGCAAACAGACAAACAAAAACCCUAGAUGAUUUUGUCCAUGUCUGGUAUUCAGCAUGUUUUCCCUCUUCCCUUUGAUAUGCUAGUAAUCUCCUUUGUUUCCAUUUCAGGAGAAGGAAGAGUACCAAAGUAAUUUUAAUAGAGUAAAUUAAUUCUCACAAAUGGAAAUAAAGAUAUUUAAAGAAGUACCAACCCCAUCUCCAUCCC